AUGAAGUUCGCUGUGUUCGUUGCUUCGCUCAGUGCAGCCGUCGCUCUUUUCGGAGCUCACGCCGCAGUCGUUCCGGUAGCACCGGCCGUGGCGGUCAGCACCAACUACGACCCACUGCCACAGUAUACCUACGCGUACAACGUGCAGGACGCUCUGACGGGCGAUAGCAAAAGCCAGCAAGAAACACGCGAUGGCGAUGUUGUACGGGGCUCGUACUCGCUGGUCGAACCAGACGGCACUCUACGCACGGUCAUCUACACGGCCGAUCCUGUCAACGGAUUCAACGCGGUAGUCCAGCGUGGUCCUCUCGUACCGGUGGCUGCCGGUCCUGCCGUGCUGGCACCGGCACCAGUAGCGCGAGUGUUAGGUUAG